AUGGCGCGAGGAAGACGUGCGUCAUCUGUGACGGCAAAAUCACUUUCGGCGAAAUCAUUGGCGUCGGCUUCACCAGGGAGGAAAGGGGGACGGAAGUUGCCGGUUGUCACCUCAACGUCCAUCGCCGCGGCACUUCGACAGGCCUCCUGUGACGCUGACAAGAGUGCUGUGGGUGUGCGUGGAAAGGCGGGGGCAGAGACCAAAUGGCAAACUGCACGCAGGGUAGUCCUGCAGUCCCGUCCGCAAGGCAAUUGUCUACGCCUACAGCAAUCGACACCGGAAAUUAGCUUUUGGAAAGGACUUUGCCGACCAGCUCUGUUGGUGCAGGCACUUGCAAGUAUUGGGACACUGAUUGAGGCAGACACGGCGUUGCUUUUCACUAAUUCCCAGGUGCAGUACCCGUUUUCGGCACUGACGGUGCAGCGCGUGGUGGUGGCUAUUCAAGCUAUCGUUGACGCCUUUCAACUUCUACGAACCGUUGGAAACGAGGAGGACGCUGUACUACAAAGGUGGGAAGUCAUACGGAAGCUGGUUGAACUGGCUGAAGCUGCAGUCCCUAUGAAGGUGUCUCUUCUUGUCAGUUUUUCCACUGCAUGCAAGAGCAACACGGCGGGUGUGCCUCCAACCAGCCUUUGGGCCUUAGAGGAGCGUUUGCGACGGUUGCAACGUCUGUUGCAGUUGCGUGAGAGUCAUGUACGCAUCAUGUCGAUGCUCCGCCUUUGUAAGACGAAGCGUGAGGUGUCAGCAGCUCUCUUUGGCCCCGAAGCGGAUGGGACAGCCACUUUCGAACCGAUGCCUGGCGUGGCCUCGUGGCAUCAAGGGGAGCAAUGUGUGAUUAAAGGCUUGAUGGUGGAGGUGAAUGACAUACGCCCCUGCAGUGACUCAUGGGGUGACUCAUCUAUCGUCCCACUUCGUGUCACCGGUGGCUCCUAUGUUCUUCACAAAUCUUCCCGCGUUGAAACUCUGGCGUGUUUAUUGAGGGUCGCCGAGUUCAUUGGUCUCCCUCCUUUUUUGCGCUCCAUCCGUGUUGCGAGUGCACGAGCGCGUGAAUUCCAAGUGCAGUCGUUUGACAUGAUGUCAGUAACUGAUAACGCCUUGUCUAUUCACAAGGAACGUUUGCCGUUGCUUUUUCCGUCACCGGACGACUUGGAUCCUUGUUGCUUUGAGGUCCAGGCUUCCAACCAAGCGCAGCUUGUGCAGGAAGAACUCAUUAGGUUGGCGAGUCAGCACUGCUGCUUUGGUGCGUUGGUGGGGGAGGCAGACCAGGUGGUGGACUUGCUGCGCACCAGCGCGGCAUGUGCAGGGCGGGCAAAAACUAAGUCGUGCAACAUGCAGACGUCGGCGGUAAAGAUUGAGCAGACAGAGGACGACGGUAGCGACAGACCCCCGCAGCAGUUAGCGCGGGAUGCAUUGAACAGGCACUGCCACGAUCCACUUCGCACGUAUGCUCAAUCGCUUCUUCAGGCUGCGAGGGAGGGCGACAGUAAACCCAGCCGUGUGCGUUGGAUUUGCAGCAAUCGUUGGAGCCCUACGAUGUGUUACUACGCAUUGGUGAUUGCCGCGGCGCCACCCCAAGACAACACUGAUAUCGUGGUGGAAGAAGGGAGAGGGGGAGAAGAUCGAGAAGCCGGUGCUAUGACGUCGUAUUACGUCGCCGCGGUUAUGGAACUCGCGCGUUUUUAG